AUGCUUAUACGAACACUUAAGAAACGACAGGUCAUCAGACACAUCACUUCAAUAACUUCAUUAACAACAUAUCAACAAUCGCCAUCAAUCUUAUUAUAUUCAAUACCUACCCCAUCAUCAAAACCAUCACAACAACAACAUCAACAUCAACAGAAAAAGGCAAAUAUAGGGAAAAUAAUAGAUCAUCUUCGAAACAUAAUACCAGAUGCUUUACAUACAGUUUCUGAUUCUCAGUAUCUUGAUGAUGAUAUAAUAUUAAGAGUUGCACCAACUAUAACAAAUUUACCAAUUUUAAAAGGUCGAGUAUCAUACUUGACAACCCUUAAGGCAACACAAUUUAUAAUGACGAACUUUUUAUUGAAUCCAAAAGUUAAAUUACAUAUAACUGAUAUAAAAGUAGAGGAUCAUGGUGAAUUUAGUUCAAAUCUGGGUUCAAGUAUUGGGAAAUCAGGAUAUGGGAUAUAUGAAUGGAGUACAAAAAUUGUAUUUAAAUGGAGAACUUGCUUAGAUGAAUGUGAACAUCUUGUGGAAAGAUCAAGUACGGCAAAGCAAGGUUCUCAUAUAUUUGAUAAAUUUGAUAUCAAAAAACUUUGGGGACAAGAUACUUCAAUGCAAAAAGAAAAUUUUAUUGAUGAUGGUACUGUUAAAAAAUAUGAUGAUGAUGGAUUUGAAAGAGUUAUUUAUGGGAUUUUUGUAUUUGAAUUAGAUCCUAAUUGUGAAAAGAUUAUUGUUCAUAAUGUUGAAAAUAUUGAAAUGUAUGAUAAGAAGGAUUUUAUUAAUGAUAUUGAUAAUCUUGCAAGGUUAUAA